GUUACAUGUUCAGACCCGGAAGUGGAGAAAACACGUGACGCUGCUGUGUGAGGCUCGGUGAGCUGCUGUGGCACGGCUCGGAUCACUUUGGACCGGUUCGGCUCUGGUUCAGUGUCUUUUUCGGUGUGUGACGUCAUGUCGUCGGUGGACUGUGAACCUGGACAGUUUGAUGACGCAGAGGAGGACAGUCUCUGCAGUGUCCAAUCAGAGCUGUCGGCUGUGACCAGUCAGCUGAGUGAUGUCACUCUGCAGCCUUCAUCAGACCAUCAGCAGGAAGAGGAGGAGGAUGAUGAAGAUGAAGAUGAUGAUGAUGAUGAUGAUGAUGAGGAGGAGGAGUGGGCGUGGCGUUCAUCAGGAGGAGAUCUGACCAAAAGAUACAACAGGACAUCUCAGAGCUGUCAGUCCAACAGACAGAAUCCAUCCAAUAAGACGCUGCCAUCAACACCGUCUGACAAAGCUCUGAGGAAGUACGAACACAAGAUCAACCUGGAUAAACUGAAGUAUGCCGACUCUGUGAUCAAUAAAGUGACAAGCAUGCAGAGACAGAAAGACGCCGACACGUACAGGGUGAAGGACAAAUCAGAUCGAGCCACGGUGGAACAGGUUUUAGAUCCUCGAACUCGAAUGAUUCUGUUCAAGAUGUUGAGUCGAGGAAUCAUCAGUGAGAUCAACGGCUGCAUCAGCACCGGGAAGGAGGCUAAUGUUUAUCACGCCAGCACGUCAGCAGGAGAGAACCGAGCCAUCAAGAUCUACAAGACCUCCAUCCUGCUGUUUAAAGACCGAGACAAAUACGUCAGCGGAGAAUUCAGGUUCCGUCACGGUUACUGUAAAGGCAACCCCAGGAAGAUGGUGAGAACCUGGGCAGAGAAGGAGAUGAGGAACCUCAUCAGGCUGCAGACGGCAGGAAUCCCAAGUCCACAACCUCUCCUGCUCAGAAGUCAUGUUCUGCUGAUGAGCUUCAUCGGGAAAGACAACAUGCCGGCUCCUCUGUUGAAGAAUGCCUCCUUGUCGGAGUCGAAGGCUCGGGAGCUCUACCUGCAGGUUCUACAGAACAUGAGGAAGAUGUUCCAGGAAGCUCGACUCGUCCACGCCGACCUCAGCGAGUUCAACAUGCUGUAUCACGAUGGAGACGCUUACAUCAUUGAUGUGUCACAGUCGGUGGAACACGACCAUCCGCACGCUCUGGAGUUCCUCAGGAAGGACUGCAGCAACGUGAACGAGUACUUUGUGAAGCGCGGUGUGGCAGUGAUGACGGUCAGAGAGUUGUUUAACUUCAUCACUGACCCAUCGAUCACCUACCACAACAUGGACCAGUACCUGGAGAAGGCCAUGGUGAUCGCAGCCGAUCGGACGUCGGAGCAGCGAUCAGAUCAGGACAGAGUGGACGAGGAGGUGUUUAAGAAGGCGUACAUCCCCCGCACACUGACCGAGGUGAGUCACUACGAGCGAGACGUGGACCUGAUGAGGACCAAGGAGGAGGAGUCUGCCAUCUGCAGACACGACGACAACGUAAGAGUCACAGCAGUCAGUGGACGUGGCUUCAGACGGUACAGUUCCCUGUGCUGGAGUCAAGAUGGCAGUUCCUUAACCUUCAGGAACGGGUCAUCUAGUGCACAUGUGUGGAACCAUAUGUUAAUGAGUGUAUGUUUGUUUACAGUUGUGAGGAACCUCUGUGUUCAUUGAUGACGUACAGAACAUUAUCACAACAUUACCAGAACAUUAUCAGAACCCUGGUGACUCUGUGGCUCAGUGACACAAAAAACCUGAUGUGAAUAUUUUUGUUUUCAUAUGAUCUUUGAACCGAUUCAGAAACCGUCUGAUGCCAUUUACAGGCUGAAGAACCAAAGGAUCAAGUCAUGAAACGUUGAUGAAGAAGUUGGAGACAUUAAUCAGACAGCUGAUACCUGAUGGAAGAACCUCAGAUUAUAAGACAGUUUAGAGUUCUAAUGAUACAGUGGAUCUAUACAGGGAUUUUUCUAGGUUCUCAGAGGAACCUGACAGAGAACAAGAACAGAAUAAAUGAUCCAUGAGAAGGGGAGUGAUGCAGAGACAGAUAAGAAGAGGUUCUCAGAGGAGUGUUUUGGGAUUUCUUGAGUCUCUGAUGUCUUGACAGAGUGAAGUUCCAGAAGGUGACAUUCUCUGAGGAACGUCUGAUUGAUUUAAAGAA